UGUGGUAGAUGGCUCUCGACGGUAAAACAAUUAUUAAAGAGGAAAUAACAGAUAAAGACGCCUAUGAGGCAGCAGCAGCAUCAGCAGCAAAUUCCACACGAAGAAAUAAAGCCACAUCAAACUCUUCCAGCAGCAGUAAAGAUUCCACCAUUACCACCAAUUCAAACGGUAGCAAUUCCAAUUCCGGCACAAAUCCCAACGGCGGAUCAUCAUCUAAUUCACGAUCUUGUCGUACACCCGAUUCACCGGAAUCUGCCAGAGCUGUAGCUCCACGUUCACCAAUGUCUCCACAGCUGCAUCAACAUCACUCCAGUUUAGCUCCACCGCCACGACCGAAUCGUAAUGCCAGUGCAUCGCCGGUUAUAAAUGGAGCAACAACAACACCGCCACCACCACCACAACAAAGCCAGGCAGCAGCAAACGCACAAACUACACAGGCUGCUGUAGCAGCUGCAGCGGCGGCAGCAGCUCACGUUGAACAGGCCCGCCUUUUGGGUAAAAUACGUAAAUUCCUUGGCUCUCUGGUACAGUUGGCCCAAGAUGUUCAUCCCGAGGUGAGUGAUCGAGUGAGGGCCUUGGUAAUAUCCUUGGCCAGUGGAGGCAUUAGUAUCGAUGAGUUUCGCAUGGCCCUGCAGGAGGCUAUUAAUUUGCCGCUGAGACCCUAUGUCAUUCCACUACUGAAAAAUCACAUUUCUCUGUUGCAAAGAGAAAUUGCUGCCCUGGCAAGAGCCACCAAUCAGACCACUCUCCAAUAUGUAACCAGCAAUGAAAGUACCGUCAUGGAAUUCUCUCCCCACGGUCCACCGGCUGAAUACAGUGACAUUUUUGUCCAACUCGAUGGUCAAUCGAACGGCAGUGGCGCCGGUGCCACUAGUUUGGUAUUCAAACGAAGACCUUCCGAUACUCUAAUGGAACCACAUGGUCACAAUGGCGCCCAAGAGUGGAGUGAUUAUAUGGCCGCAUAUCCACCACCGAAACGUUUGCAUGCCCAUAAUCCACAUGCACCGGCGCCAGAAUCUCGUAUACCCUUUGCCUCGGCACAACCCACCAUUUUUGAUUAUUCCGCCACUGGUGUGGCCGCCGCCCAAUCCGAAGGUUCCUUUAAUAAUUUAAUGGAGAAGGCAAGUCAUCGAGACGAUCGAGAUAUACGCUCAUCGGUGCCGCAAGAACCACCAGCUCAUCGGCCGUUGGCUCGCAACGUAAUGCCAGCAGCUAGUAGUGGUCCGGGUGGAGGAGCACCGGGCGGCAGUGGACCGAUGCAGGGUGAGGAAGAAUGGAAAAAUAUCCACACUAUGUUGAAUUGUAUUUCCGCCAUGGUGGAUAAAACAAAACGAGCCAUAACUAUUCUGCAGCAACGGGGAGUGGAACCACAACAGCCCAGUUAUGGAGAAGUUACACCAGCCACUCUAAUGGAAAUUAGGCGUCAAACUGAGGAAAAGGUGGCCGAAUUUAAACGGAAUGCUGAAGAUGCUGUCAAUCAAGUCAAACGCCAAGCUGUUAUUGAAAUUCAAAGAGCCGUGGUAGCUGCCGAGACGCGAGCAGCUGAGGUCAUGGCCCAAGAACGUUUGCGCAUGGAAAAAUUCUUUGUGGAAAUGAGUCGACAUUCCGGCAGUGAACGUGAAUUGGACAACAAAUCACCCUCCAUAGGUGCUAGUCAAAAUGCUUGUUGGAAUUGUGGGCGCAAGGCAACAGAAACCUGUUCCGGUUGUAAUUUAGCCAGAUAUUGUGGUGCUUUCUGCCAGCAUAAGGAUUGGGAACAUCAUCAUCAGAUUUGCGGCACCACCCGAACAACAGAUCUCUCCACCAAACACCCAUCACAAGUUAUACCCCUGUCGGCGACAAUACGCGGUGCCGUCACCCGUUCACCACCCACACCCGUACAGACAACCGGACAUGGACCAGCGCAAUCAAGUCAAGCCACCAGCAGUGCAUCGUCGGCACCGCAACCGAGUUCAUUGGUAGCCAAUGGUAUUGGCUCCAAAUGACGUAUUCGCAUGAUGAAACCCAAAAAGAAGUACAUGUGCUAGUCAAAUUACUACAACAACUACUACUACUAUUAUUAUUA